UUCUGUAUGGAUGACGACAAAGCUGUCGUUGAAAGUGAUGGAAUUCAUUGGCAUUUUGUUGGUGUUGUCCUGCUGAACACUCUAUGGCUUUCUUUAUGGGAUGACAAUUUACUCUUCCUAUCAUGGAUUGUAAUCCUUAUAAUAGCAUGUCAAAUAACUGUUAUCUAUCAAACGCUCAAUGAACAUUAUCCGCCGCCUGAAGGAAGAAUUUUGGAUAAACUAUUUAUUCAAUUACCAUUCACGUUGUAUCAUGCAUGGAUUGUUAUAGUGGCAGUUCUUACAACCUUUGCCACCAUUACACCAGAAAAAACUUACCAUCACGUUACAGAGAAUAACACAACAAUUGAAGUUGCCGAUAGUCCAACCAUAGUUGUACAACUUGUCGUUAUUCUGGGAUUAAUCUUUCUUGAAACGACAGCUGUUGCUUAUAUUGAGAAAAGAGAGGAUUGGGCGGGUGCAGCGGUUAUGGCUUGGACAUUAUAUGGUAUCUGGUACGGACAAGAAGAUCCAGUAAUUCAUUGGGCUGCACUUAUACUUGCAGUCAUAGCCACUAUUUAUCUUUUUAAACCUUUGGUCGUGGGAUUCUUUAAAAAUAAGGAUGAAAAAUCAAUACCAUAG